AGACGUCAGCUGCACGGAAGGAAGUGUUAGUCAAGUAAAAUGGAAGCUGGCAAAGGGCAUCUGAUUGCUUACUGUGAACACAUUAGAAGGGAGGGAGAAGAGCUUCUUAAGCUAAAGAACAAUUUUGGCAGAAAAAAUGCCUAUAAAUGGAAGGUGGAUAAAUUUGAGAUGGAAAUUUGAAGAAAGUUUCUCAUCAUCAGAUCAGUCAAGCUCCAGAGCACUAUUCCAGGAUGAUCUGGGGGGAGAACGACCUGGUGCAUAAGGUUACCAGAUGGAUGCCAGAGAUAAGCAGCUUUUACGCUCCCUGCGCAUUGAGCUCUGCACAGAGGUGCUGGUGGAUGGACUUGUUAUUCAGUAUCUCUUCCAAGAAGGGAUUCUUACAGACAGUCAUGUUCAAGAAAUAAAAGCCCAAACCACCAGUCAGAGGAAAACUAUGAUGCUCCUUGAUAUUCUCCCCACCAGAGGACCCAAAGCUUUUGAAGUGUUCUUGGAUUCCUUACAGGAGUUCCCAUGGGUUAAGGACAAGCUGAUGAUGAAGCGUAAGGAAAUGACAGUACAAGGUCCUCCAGAUUUAACUGUAAUUGCACCAUGCAUUUUGAAGACUUCACCAACAGAUCAGCAGCUGAACAAGCUUGCGAGGAAGCUGGGACCCGAAUGGGAGCAUGUGGUUCUGUGCUUGGGUUUGUCCCAUACUGACAUCUAUCGAUGUAAAGUCAAUCACCCUCACAACCUGCAGUCACAGAUUGUAGCUGCAUUUGUCCUGUGGAGACAGCGUUUGGGGAAAAAAGCAACGAUCCAAAGUCUGCAAGCCAGUCUGAUAGCAGAAGAAGUGGAUCCUUCUGUGAUACAGUACAUGCUUGAGGGAAGCCAUGCUAUUGAUCGAGAGCUUCCACGUACUUUGUUAAAUUAAAUAUAGAGAGUGGAAAUGUAUGUUGAAGAUUGGAUGCCUCAAACUAGAAAAAAAAUGGAGUUGGGAACUGUGAUUUUAUUAAGCUUAAACAUUCCAGUUUUCUGUGGCAUCUUGUGACUUGUAAUUCUUUUCAUGCCAGAUUAAUUUUUAGCAGGCAUUAAAAAAUGAAUCAUU